CUCGCCUCGCCCCACACCACACGCUUACAGCGUCCCGUGAGAUCAUGUUCGUUUCACUGUUUUGCUUUACCAUACUAGCGCUAGCUAGAGCGGAAUCUUUCUGUAGUGACAACGUGCGGUGGUCGCAUCGGUUGAACAUAGUAAACGCUUACGGGGUGUGGCACGGCGUCGCCUUCGCGCAGCACACCCCUGACAUGACAAAUAAGCCCCUGGACGUGGGCUGCGUCACCCUUUAUAUCAGCGAUGCUACUGGCGAUUACCAAUUCGAUUGGCUCGAUUGGAGUGCGAGACAAAGAUACAACGCCAGCAACUGGUGGUCUCUCGGCAGCAACCCGUGGGGCUCCCCGCCAGGCCCGUUGUACCAGUCGCGCCGGCGCCGGGACCUCUUCCAGCAGCGGCGCAUCCGCGUGCUGUGGGACGAGGACGGCGAGACCAUGGAGCAGACCUACGACUACUCGCCCGAGGACCCGGGCCUGUGGACCAUCGAACAGUGGAGGCCUGGUGAAAGGGAGUUAAGAGCUAGGGGUGUAGAUUUGUGGUAUCCUGACGACCCUCCAAGGCACCCUGAAGUGGUCCGUCUGCUGAAACUAACUCCCGAUGAGAUGAUAAUCAACCACUGUACCGAACUGGGGGACGGCGGGAUAUUCUCCUUGCUCUUGCGCAGGUAUCCGGUCCAAGUGAGGCGCUGGGAGAGGCUCGAGUGGCAGAAGUUCCUCGUGAGCUACGGGCUCAGCAACCCGUAUCGGUACUUAUCGGUGUGUGCGGCUUGUGCUCCCGUCACCUCUCUACUAUGCUUCUUUGCCACAACAACUUUAUUAAGAUUCCUUUAAUUGUAUUUCUGUAACAUGCUGUAGUUACGCCUGUAAAAUGGUAAAUUAUUAUAUUUCUGACAUGUCGAGUCACAAAUUAAUAUCAAGAUUUUUACCGAUUGGGGGAAGAUGGGUAGGAUUCGUACACCGGUAGGCUUCGUACAGUGGUCAUGUUUUGACUAUUCAACAUGCUGAAGCGUUCAUAAUUUUUAAAACACCACCAGUCCACCAGCCAACCAUCAGCCUCAAUGAUAUUACAAAAAUUUAAAAAUAUACGUAUAUAGGACCCACCUAUCUACUAAAUCGAAUUCAGCUUAAUGUGUGCUGAAUAAAGGAAACAAAAAUGUUUUAGAUGCUCAUUUAAGUACCUAUCCUAUAUAUAUGUAUGCCUUUUGAAAAAUAACUGUGUAGUGUGCCUUAACCCUUUAUAAGGCAGAGACGAUUUGAAAACCACUUAGUUAAUAAACAUUUUCGGAGAAGAACAUCCUCUUUUUUAUUUAACUAUAAUGGUAUUAUAUAGCGAAUAUAUCAGGCUUUCUUUCCUCAUUCAUACUUUUUCGGUCAGUAUUUAAUUUUAGUGUAAUUAAUUAAUCUAUAGUAUGUGGUCAAUUUAUGCACUAUGCCUGUCAAGGGAAGCAAGCUAUCGUCAUUGUUUCCAUUAUACUAUUUUUAAUAUACACGUCGCUGUAUCUAAUAAUUUGAAUUAUAGCUCUUGCAAUUCACGAUGGCGAGUGGCGAGACUCUUAUUGGUAUGAUGAUAAGGUCUAAUUUUGAUAAAUCCACUCUCCAUCGUGAAUUGCAAUAACUGUACUAUU